AUGUGGCCGGGGCCCGCGCUGAUGCUCCUGGGCCUGGGCCUGGGCCUGGGUCGCCCCCCGCGGUCGCCGGGCAUCCAGGACAGCAGCGACUGGGUCGGGUCCCCACGCCGCGCCCGGCCCGCGCCGCCCAGCAGGUCUCCCCCGAGCGCAGACGCGGGCAUCCUCCCGAAAGCCAGCGACUCCUCAGAGCGCGGAGCCGCCGCUCCCGAGGCCUACCAGUUCAGCUGCACCAUGGAGCCCGUGAGGAUCCACAGGAACGACCAGCACGCUCCGGUGGUCCUGAGCAGGAAGGAGGAGGUCACCCUCAACGCCACCGCGAACUGGAACUGCCCCCUGGCCAAGCACAUCCACUGGCUCUGGCAGUUCUACACCGUGCCCUCUGUGAACGAUACCCCCGACUGGGCCCGGCCUGUGAGCCUGCCGAAUGUGCGGCGAGGCGAUAUUUCCACCGUCCUCCACAUCCCCAGAUUCGCCCUGCCUUACGGGGUGUACGUGUUUAAUUUCUCUCUGGUCAUCACCAGAUGGAACCCCAUUCUGCCCCGGCUAAUAGAUUCAGACAUCAUCUACAUCUGGGUCACCAAACGUCCUCUGCAGGCCGUCCUUCCUGGAGCUGCCAACGUGACAGUGAAUUUCUCCGACGAGUUGAUUUUGAACGGAAGUAUGUCCUCUGACCCUGAGGCAGACGACCCCACCGAAGGACUCCAUUUCUCUUGGCACUGUACCACGAAUCCCGGAAACUACCGUGGAGAGCAUGUAGCAGUGACCAACCAGGAAGUCUGCCACCCAGAACAGGUUACACUGGACUGGCCAUGGGCUGUGGGCCCCGUGUUAACGCUGCCCCCAGAAACACUUAAAGGGGAUGGUGUGUAUUAUUUCAGAUUGGUGGUGCAAAAGUGGAACAGAACCGCAUUUUCCGAUAAAACCAUACAUGUGCUCAGAGAACCAACCCCCAGGGCACACAUUGCAUGUAUCGAAAACUGUGACCCCCUGUUAGUCAUGUCAGAUAGAUUCUCACUGUUUCUGAAUUGCACUGCCUGUACCAGACGAGAUUUCUAUAACUGGUCCAUUUUGUCUCCCUCGGGUCAUGAGGUGAUGUUUGACUGGGCAGGGCAGAGUGUCACCAGGAGGAACAGGGCAUAUUUGUCUAUAAAAGCCUUUGCCUUCAGGAACUUUUUGGAAGCUAGGUUUUGGGUUUCUCUACAUCUAAUAACUUGGGGUGGUGUGACCUUGGAUUUGCGAUAUCCCUUCAUCAUUAACCAUGGCCCUCAAAUCGGUAAAUGCAAAGUCAAUCCAGAAAGAGGGAUUUCUAUGAUUACUAAAUUUGUUGUUGAGUGUAGUAAUUUUCAGGAUAAGCACACUCCUCUUCAAUAUAAAAUAAUCGUAGCUGAGUUGGAGAGUGUUGGUGAAAUCAGCUCAGUGGAGGAGAACACCCUGGGGAGCAUCCUGUAUUUGGGGACAAGGGCCACAACACCACCGUCUUUUCUCCCUGUUGGUGUGGCAGCAGAUAACUACAGUCUGAAGAUAUAUGCUCAGGUCUAUGACUCCCGAGGGACCUUUUCCCAGGUGACUUUGCACGCCAUGGUACAGGCGCCUACUCAAAGAAACUCGUCAGAGAAUGUGCUCCGUCAGUUACUCAGUCUCUCCAUGGGACCGACGUCACUGCUGUCUACUUUGCUUCAGAAGCAGGACUGGUUACCUGCAGGUUACUUAAUAUACGUAGUGGCUUCUGUUCUGAGCAACAUGAAAACAGAGCUCCGAGACGACAAAGCCAGUCUCCUGGAGCACCUUGUCAAUCAAUCUUUUGUGCCUUCUGUGAGGACCGUGGAUGAAAUUUGCCAGAUAGUGAUAGUGAUUACUAAAUUAACUCAGCAAAUCUCCGACUUCACCGGAGUUGCCGGGAAACAAGCUACGUUGAGGCUCUGGCAAACAAACCAAGCCCUUCAAGCAAACCGUCGUAAAUAUAAACACUUUAGCUCUCGGCAGAUAGAGAUAGUAAGCACGGGCAUCCUGACGAGUCUGUCUAACAUCCUCAAACUGAUUAAUCCCUACAAUGUGUUUGAAGACCCUUUCUUUAUAGUGGAAUCUCUAUCAGACACAAUAUUGGCCAGUAAGGUGCCAGGGGGCAAAACCACGGAUCUGAGCACUAGCAACUUUAAGAUGUAUGUGGAGAAAGUUGAGAAGUGGGAUGUUGCUCAGGCCUUCAGGAACGAGACACACUGCCAAAAUUGCUUCCAUGGGACCCUGAACGCAAGCAGGGUUUCCAGUCUACCUGUAAAGGCUCUGGUUUCUAUGAUGUUCUGUGAGUUCACAGUUGACCCCUUUCCCUGGUUAAGUUAUCCGGAAGACAGCUCUGCAGAGGUGGUUGGUUUCAGAAUGACAGGAGCCACCGACAACACUAGUGCCAUUGAGAUCGUGCCUGAUGUGGAAGUGCACCUGGUCAGAAAAGACUUGACCUUUGAGAGUUUUAAGCUCACAGUGGGACCGGGCAUUGAUGGCGCUGGCUUUUCAAAGAUGACUACAGGUGGGGUUAGCUUUGAGGUGGACAGCAGAGGAACUGGGGAGCUACUGGUCCACAUAGUCACAGAUGUGACGUUGUUGUUCAAGGUACUGAUAUAUGCAGGCAAUCUGAUUACCCCCACCAAUCUGGUGGCCACUUUCCUAGUGCCUCAUGACACCCCUCCCAGUGCCAACCAGGACAGACAGUUUGACCCAACCUGUACAGUCAAGGAGGCCCGUGUAGUUUGCCUAUCACAGUCCCUGCUUCAAGUCAUGGCUCAGCACAGCAACUCAUCCAAGUACAACAUAACCAUGGUCCUGCAGGCACCUCGAUUUGUCUUCCAGCCCACUAACAAACUAGUAAGAAUUGCUCUCUUCACGGCUCACUGUUUGGACAUGGACGGGAUCCAGAGUGAGUGGCGAGCAGGAACCUGCGUGCUGGGUGAGAAGACCACAUGGUACAAAGUCCACUGUGUCUGCAGGAACAUGAGGAGGAGCCGGAGGCAGCUGGGCUCGAUGGAGCUGGCACGUCUUCAACUGCAUAGCCACUUCGUGACCGCCAGAGUGAUCGUGAUUCCUAACGCUGUGGAUCUGCACCUAACGGUCAUCAAGAACAUUAACCAAAACCCUGUGACCCUCUUGGCUGUGUUGUUCAUCAUGCUCUUGUAUGUGGUUCUGGCCUUCUGGGCCUUGCAAAGGGAUGAGAUAGACUUGUAUCUUCGGGAUCAUGUGGUAAUUCUGCCUGAUAAUGAUCCUUAUGAUAACAUAUGCUACCUGGUUACCAUCUUCACUGGGAGUCGUUUGGGGUCUGGGACCAGGGCCAAUGUCUUUGUCCAGCUUAGUGGAACAAAGGGUACCAGCGAUGUGCAUUGUUUAAGCCAUCCAUAUUUUAAAAGUCUCUACCGAGGAAGUAUCAACACGUUCCUCCUGACAACACAGCAGGACUUGGGGAAUAUCCAGUCCAUCCGCAUGUGGCACGACAAUGAGGGGGAAGCACCUGACUGGUACCUAAGUCGGAUCAAAGUCGAAAAUCUCUUCAGCAGACACAUCUGGCUGUUCAUGUGCCGGAAGUGGUUCUCUGUUGACACCACUUUGGAAGCAACGUUUUUCGUCAUCGACCCCGAUGAGCCUCUGAAUAGAAGGGACUUCUUCCUGAUAGACCUGAGCCACAAGCUUGGGAAAAACCACAUGUGGUUCUCCAUCUUCACUGAUGUUGUUGUCAAAUCGUUCAACAGGCUCCAAAGACUGUCCUGCUGCUUGGCCACACUGCUGAGCUCUCUUCUUUGUAAUAUCAUGUUCUUCAAUCUGAACAGAAAAGAGCGAAUUGAGUCAAAAGAGGGACGUAUCAUCAGAUCGAUGAUGACAGGAAUUGAAAGUGUCUUAGUUACAAUCCCUGUGCAAUUAUUGAUAACCUUUUUCUUCAUCUACUCCCAAAAGAAGCCUCAAGCAAACCUAGAGGAGGUGAGACCUCAAAUGCACCCCCUGAUGUCAGAGGAAGGAGGAUACUGGAGAGAGUGUUUGGACAAGUGGCAUGAAUACGAAAUGGAAAGGGUUCACAUCCAGGAAGCUGCAAAGUCCAGGGAAAGGCAGAAAGUACCUAAGGCUUCCCUUAAGAGGAGCCUUAAAAGAACACAUCAGAGUAAGAAAACACAGGGUGAGGACCUGAAGACCCAGAAGUCCACUAGGAGCUCCAGUAACAAUAAUGUAGAAGACAGUGAAGACGAUGAAGAUAUUUCUUCAAAAGCCUCCUCUACCCAGCUGGACUCUGAGUCCAUUAAAAAAAAGCCCCGGUUGGUCCUGCCGUGGUGGUGUGUCUACAUAGCCUGGACUUUGGUGUUCAUCACUUCCGGCAUCUCGUCAUUCUUUAUUGUAUUUUACGGCCUGACUUACGGUUACGACAAGUCAGUAGAGUGGCUCUUAGCAUCGUUCUGUUCCUUCUGUCAGUCUGUGUUCCUUGUGCAGCCGUGCAAGAUUGUAUUGCUGUCAGGUGCCAGGACAAACAAGCUCAAGUACUGUAAAAACCUCUCGUGGUCAGGCAAGUACCAGUACACGGAGAUCAAGCUGUACCGGGCAAAGAUGUCAGCAGACAAGGUCCAGGAGCUCCAUCAGCACAUUGCUUCCCUCCAAGCCUCACGCAUGUACCAGCCCCUCACUGAAGACGAGAUCCAAAUACAUAAACGGAAGGGGAGGAUCAAGAGGAGGGCCCUGCUGUUCCUCAGCUACCUUCUGACGCACUUCACCUUCUUGGCCCUCCUCCUGCUCCUCAUCGCCCUGCUGCAUCACAACGACAGUUUCUACUACAACCAGUUCAUCCGCCAUCGAUUCUCGGUGGACCUCACCACCGUGAUGAAGCUGGGCGACAUCUACACGUGGCUCAACAGCGUGCUCCUGCCUCUGGUACACAACAACCUCAACCCGACAUUCCUUCCCGACAGCUCCUCGAAGAUCCUCGGCCUGCCACUCAUGAGGCAAGUGAGAGCCAAACCCAGUGAAAAACGGUGUCUGCCUGCCCAGAAGUUUGUGCAGAACAGAGUGGCGGGAGAAGUCCACUGUUAUCCAGAGUACGGCAUUGACCCAGAAGACACAGAACAUUAUUCCAGCUUUUGGAAUAAAGUCAGCAAGCGGCAUACAGAUAAGAAUGUCAGCGGGUUUACUUACAAGCCUCCAGAGAAGAAAUGGCCGUACUAUUCACAUGGAGUGUUAAAAACCUAUGGAUCUGGAGGCUAUGUGUUCCACUUCUUUCCUGAACAGCAGGCGUUUAAUUCCUCUCUGAGGCUCAAGGAACUCGAGGGACAGAAUUGGCUUGAUGAGAUGACGUGGGCUGUGAUUGUGGAGUUAACCACUCUGAAUCCAGAUGCCAGUCUGAUAUGUAGCAUUUCCAUUGUAUUUGAACUCUCUCCCCUGGGGACUGUCAACUCCAGCCUCUCGGUGUGCUCCUUCUCACUUGCUGAUUUCAAUAGAGAAACGUCAGCAGAAAUCUACCUGUAUGUGGCCAUCCUCAUAUUCUAUCUGGCCUACAUCGUCGACGAGGGCUACGUCAUCCUACAGGAGAGAGCCUCCUACCUGAGCAGUGGGUACAGCCUGUUCAACUUCACUCUGAAGUGCAUGUUUACUCUGCUGAUAGUGCUGUUCUUCAAGAAGCAUCUCCUGGCCAUCGGCAUGAUUCACCUCUAUCUGACAGACCCUCAAGCCUUCAUCCCCUUCCAUGCCAUUUCCCGGAUAGAUCACAUCAUGAGGACCGUCUUGGCUUUCCUGUUAUUUCUGACCAUUCUGAAGACACUGAGGUAUGCCAGAUUCUUUUACAACGUGCGUCUGGCUCAGAGGGCCAUCCAGGCUGCCCUUCCUGGCAUCUGCCACAUAGCCUUGGUGGUGUCCGUGUGCUCCUUUGUGUACAUGGCUUUUGGGUACCUGGUGUUUGGCCAGCAUGAAUGGCACUACAGCAACAUGAUUCACGCCACCCAGACCAUCUUCUCCUACUGCGUGUCUGCCUUUCAGAAUACGGAGUUUUCUAGCAACAGAGUCCUUGGCGUCUUAUUCCUGUCAUCUUUCCUGCUGGUGAUGAUCUGUAUCUUGAUCAACUUAUUUCAGGUUGUGAUCCUGGCUGCCUACGACGAGAUGAAGCAGCCUGUGUACGAGGAGCCUUCCGAUGAGGUGGAGGCAGUGACCUACCUGUGUGGCAAGCUCAGAGCUGGGUUUGACUUUCUGACCUCCCGAUCGAGGAACAAAGACCAGUCCAACUUCUUUGUCGACAUGCUAUAUGGGCAGCCGGAGAAGAACACCCGCCGGUACUUGGGGCUGAAGACCAGAAACAUCAACGGGAAGAAAAUGGUUUACCUUGUUGUCUAA